AUGCCCAACAUUUUCCGCACAACUGCGUCGCUUCUAGCGGCAUCAGUUAUCCUUUCUAGUACAUCUGGCACUGCGGCCUUUCCCGUCCCAGAGUGGAUCACUUCUUUGAAAGAGUUUGGAACUGCCACUGAGUCCCUUUUAAAAAUCCGCUCACUUGAGUUGUUUGGCAUCCUCGCUCCACUACCCAAUAAUGCCCCACCGACGCAAGGUCCCUAUCGAAAACCCACGCAGAAAGCUAGCGAUCAGGUCCUUCUGUCCCCCGGCUUGACCGCUCGUUAUCUGACACGCCAAAUUGCAAACCAUGCUGACCAGCCUUCGUUUUGGCCAUGUACUGGUGAACCAACUCAUGCUGUUUUCUGCAUUGAGGCGGAGAGGGAAGAGAUUGAGAAGCCUGGUGCUGGCAACUUCUCAAAGAUCAUUCCUAAAUUCAAUCCUUCCGUACAGGCAGUUGACCUGAAGACAGGCAAAGUUACCACAUUUCUCCGUGGCAUGACCCGCUGUGAUGGGCUUCGUGUCACACCUUGGGGAACUGUCUUGGCUACGGAGGAAGACGACAAAGGGGGUGUAUACGAGAUCUUCGAUCCCUUCAACCUACCUGCUGGUACCACCGUCACUGAUCGUGCGACGGGAAGCAUUGCUGAUGCGACCGGUGCAAAAGUUGACAAGGUGGUGAAGAGGACUGCCCUGCCUACCAUUGCCUGGGAAGGACUUUACAUUGAUCCUUCUGGCGUUGUCUAUGGAGGAGAUGAACUGAGACCAGGAAGCGGCAAACAAGGAGCAAACGGUGGUUCCCUCUACAAGUUUGUCCCAACCAAACCUCUCAAGUCCAAGGGUGUGAUCCGUAACCCCGCGGAUUCUCCCCUGGCUGCGGGUGCUGUGUACGCCUUUCAGGCUUCUUGUAUUGCGCAUGGUGAAGCCAAAUUUCCACAAGCUGGCCAAGGAUGCGAGAUUGGCGAAGGUGGUUGGGUGCGUAUCCCCAACCCCUCUGCGGCACGCUCGGAGGCCGACCGGGUCCGAGCCACAGGCUACUACAGACCAGAAGAUCUUAUCAACGACCCUCACUACAAAGGACCCGGUGUGCGAAUCUGCUGGACCAAUACUGGGGCUGCAGAUGCUAAAAACUACGGAGAGGUUAAUUGUCUGAUCGAUGAGACAGUAGUUACAGAUGGAGAAAUUUCGAGGCAUCAGCAGAGCUAUGCGACCAUUGGAGGGAAGGUAGCCUAUGCAACCGCUAAUCGCUUCAUCACUGGCACACCAGAAUUCAACCAGCCAGACAACCUCGACUUUCAACCCAACUCUCGCAACGUUGCGAUCAUUGAAGACAACCCGAACGGAGAUAUUUUCAUGUGCCUUCCUGAUGGCGCAGAUAAAGAUACGGAAAGCGAUGGAUGUAUUCGUUUCCUCUCUGUCAGGGACACAUCAGCGGAGCCAACUGGAUUCACGUUUUUGCCCGGUGGAACCAAGGCGAUUCUGUCCAUCCAACACUCCAAUGAUGAGUUGAUGACCAAGGUGGAUGGCUUUGAUACCGAUGAUAUCCUUAUCAUUGAAGGGUUUAGGAAGCCUUUAUGGGCCUAGAAUAUAGUUUUUUAGAAUGGGAGCCUCGAUAGAAAUAGUAGUGCGUCCGAUGUGGACAUGGCAAUACAACCGUACCUUAGAACUUCUUAUUGGCAUUGAAAUAGAGUACGCAGGAAGUACCUAAUAGAGUUUUUU